AUGUGCGGCAGGAGGCUGGGGCUGUCCUGCAAGAACCUCCAGAAGGCCAAACACAGUGUAUUGCGAGGUAACAAUUAGACACACGGAUUGUAUGAAGAAUCAUGAAACUUAUGAAUGGCUUGACUUACUCAAAGGCCUUUCUGGCCGUGUUUCUGCGCCCGGUGAACAGGUGGUCAUGGCUGAGCCACCACCUGAUCAAAUGCUCAGUCUGCUCGUCCGUCCCUAAGAAAUACACAUGCUACUGGAAUGAACAAACCUUGGCUAAAAGUGGUAGAAGACAGAAAGCUGAUGAAUGUUUGGGUCUGCUCUCUUUCCCCUCGAAGUCAUGUUACAGUUUUAGACUCUUUUAAUGGAAAUUGUGCAAGUGAUGGAUGCUGUUGCAUUAUAUUCCUGCACUGCUUUAGAAAUUCACAAAGUAGCUUUUCCAUUACUUUCACUCACGUGGUGAUCGUUUGUUCAAUGAAAUCUGCCUGAUUACUGCAGCUGUGCAGUUUAAUAAUGGAAUAAGUGAGCUUUACCUCCAUGAUGUCGCCACAUAUUUGCUCAUAAAAUGAUUACUUGGGCAAAUAUGACACCAUGACAUGACAAAGAGAUACAACCGCACAUUUUUUAGGACAGUGUGUGAAGUUACAUGAUACUUACAUCUGUACUGCUGCGGUCCUGCCUGCUGCUGCCGCUCCGCCAUGGUGCGCGCUGCUGUGGCCAGCCGGCGUUUGCGACGCAUUUAAAUAGGCAGAGCAGCUGGUGGCGCUAGCAUCACAUGCGCUUCUACAACUUUUAAGAGGAUGAAGAAGAAACCCGAGGUGCAUUUUGGGUCGGUAGCAUGCCCGAAGGUUGCACUGCGACCAUACUACAAUGUGGGCGUGUCUAGUAUCUGAAGUAGUAUCGGAAGUAGCAUGCUACUCGCUCCAGUGGCCAAUUCGGACAUGCUACAUACUACUUCGACUACUGCUUCGACUACUACUUGGCAAUUUGGGCGCAGCUUCUGUCUCAUUUCAGAGACCUCACCGUCGAACGGUGCGUUUGAAGCGUGCAUGAUGUCAUCAUGCGGCGCAAACGGUGUCCCAUUUGGCACGAAAUGCUAAGCGCGCUUCAAAUUCUGUCUCAAAACCACACUACCCUUGCCCCUUUUUCAAGCGUGUAUUUAUGCACGCUUUCGUGCCGUUGGUAUCCCAGAAUUCUUUGCGUGCCGCUGCACAGCUACACAUUUCGGGUGAGAGGCUUGACUCGCUUGGAGACGCAGCGCGUCUUCAAAGAAGACUGUGUGUGUGUUGUGUGUGUCUGUGUAUGAAAGCUGAUGUGUUGCAUGUGAGUUAAUUUAUCUCCUUUUUGUGUUGUAGAUGAAUCUGUAUCCAGAAAAGAGAUCCACCAACUCAACCUGCAGUACAACCAGUUCUGUGAUGAUUAUGAAGCUCUGAAAAGAGAACUGCAUGCCACACAAGAAGAAAAUCAACAUCUGGGGGAACAACUUAAGAAGUCCUAUUUGGGUUUGAUUCCAUAA